CGUGGUAUUGACGUGGCUGAUGCUAUUCAUAAAUGUUUGAAAACUUGGGGGAUUGAAAGUAAAAUAUUUACAGUAUCUGUUGAUAAUGUUGCUUACAAUGAUUUGUGCUUGAAAUAUCUUAGGGAUAAUAUAUCACUGAGUAGAAAGUUAAUCCUUAAUGGUGAUUUGUUUCAUGUUAGGUGUUGUGCGCAUAUUUUGAAUUUGUUAGUGCAGGACGGCCUUAGUAAAAUUAAGGAUAUCAUUUUUAAUAUUCGUGAGAGUGUCAAAUAUGUUAACCACAAUGAUGCAAGGCUAAAGAACUUAUGUGAUGUGGUUGAGCAAAAAGGUUUGAAAGAAAGGAAACUCGUCAUCGAUUGUCCUACAAGAUGGAAUUCAACCUUCAAUAUGUUGUCAACCGCUUUGAAAUUUAAAAUUGUAUUUUCAACCUACAAAGAAAGAGAGCCUCACUAUGAUCAUGCCCCUUUAUUUGAGGAAUGGGACAAAGUUGAGAAAGUGUGUAAACUGCUAGAAGUGUUCAAUUCUGCUACUCAUGUGAUCUCAGGUAGUGAGUAUCCAACUGCAAAUUUGUAUUUGCCAGAGGUCUGGACGGUGAAGCAGGUACUUGAUAUGGCGGAUGAAGACGAAGAUCUCUUUAUGAGAGAAAUGGCAAAACCAAUGAAAAAGAAGUUUGACAAAUACUGGGGGAGUGUAAUUUGUUGAUGGCUAUAGCUAGUGUUUUUGAUCCUAGGUGCUAAUUUCACAGUGUUUGUAUAUGUUUUCCCAAGAUAUAUAAAUCCAAGGAAGUUUCUGAUGAGAAUAUAGAGAAGGUUAGGCGUUCCUUGGAAUUAUUAUAUGAUGAGUAUGUGGCCUUAUCUUUGGAAGAGUCUUAUUUGAUGCCUGCUGUUAAUUUGGAUUGUGAUAAUCCAUCUUCCUCUCAAACAAAUGUUAAAAAUGCCACUGGAAUUGAUGACUUGUUACAAACCAUUCGGGAGCAAGAAGCCAUUUCUCCUACGAAGUCAGAAUUGCAAGAUUAUCUUGAUCAAGGUCAUGUUGUUCCUAACUCUGAAUCCUUUAGUGCUUUGGACUGGUGGAGGAAAAACAACAUGAAGUAUACGAUCUUGUCUAAGUUGGCUGUUGAUAUACUAGCUAUUCCAAUCUCAAUUGUUGCAUCCGAGUCCACAUUCAGUGCUGGAGGUAGAGUUAUCGAUGAAUUUCGCUCUAGAUUAAAUGAAGAAUCUGUUGAAGCUCUCAUUUGUGGUGGUGAUUGGUUCCGUCAUAAGUAUGGUGUGAAGAACAAAUCAAAGGUUGAUAAAGAUGAGAUACAAAUCAACUUGAAGAUUUGAUAUCAUUUUGGUUUUUUGGGCUGGUUUGUGUACAUGAAGCUGAUGAGUGAUUUGUUGACUUAUGUGAUAUGUUGAAUUAUGCUGACUUUUGCUACACCUUGAAGAUUUGAUAUCAUUUUGGUUUUUUAGGUGGUCUAUGUACAUGGAGCUGACUAUGAGUGAUAUGUUGACAUGCUGACUUUUGCUACACUUGAGUUUUGACUAAGACCAUGUGACUAUGAGUCUAUGACUAAUGAGUGUCACUCUAUCACUCAUUUCUUUUUUUUGUUUUCUCAUAUCAAGCACUUUAUGAAAUCAUAUGAUUUUCUAUUUUUUGGUGAAUUGUACUCAAAUGGUUGAUAAACAUUGAUGAGUACUAAUGAAAGAUUAUUAUUAUUAGCUCUAAA